GCUCACAACAAAUUCGAUGUCAGUGAUUAUUAGUUGACUAGUAACUACCUAACAGUCGAAUACCGCGCGCGGUAAUUUUGCUUGACGGUUUUAUUUUAUUUUUUUUUAUAUACAAGCUAGUGUUCCAAGUGAUAAUCCGGAUUAUUGUUUUGACAAUUUUCAAGGAAUUCUAUGACUUCAUGAUGAUUAUUAGGUGGAAGCUCAUAUUUGGCUUUAUUUUGGCAUUAGGAGGAGGAUGGAAUGCCGAAGCCAAGAAAGAUUCAAAACUUGAAUUGAGUUCAAAAUGCCCAAUGCUCACUGAAUGCCCCUUUAGAGCUGAAACUUGUUCUGAUGAUGACGAUUGCUCCCUUGAUGCCGUUUGCUGUAAAAGUCCUUGCGGAAAAGUUUGCACCAAACAAUUAUUCACAGGUUGCCAAACUCUGAGAAUGGCAGCAUCCAGGAGAGCAAAAGCACUUGGUGUUGAGCCCAAAUCUGUAAGGAUGCCAAGAUGCAAUAAAAUGGGAGGAUUCGAACAAAUUCAAUGUGAUAAUGAGAUAGUAAGUUCUUGUUGGUGUGUAGAUGAAGCUGGAUUUGAACUGGCAGGGACCCGAGCUCCCGCAGCUGCACUCGUCAAUUGUACUGCACCAAAGCCAUGCGCAGAUCACACAUGUAGAAUGUUCUGCCCACAUGGUUUUUCUUUAUCUGCUGAUGGUUGUCCAUUAUGUCGAUGCAGGGAUCCUUGCGAUGGCAUAAAAUGUCCCAAUGCUCUUGAAUGUCAUCUUGAAGAACUUGCUUGUGCAGACCCUCCAUGUCCUCCGGUUCCCACAUGUAAACGUGGAAGAAGCUUGGAUAAUAUUUGUCCAGUAGGCGACCCUCUUCGUAUCAGUGAAACUGUACGACCCUUUUUAUGCGGGAAUGAUCUAGGAAAACCACAAUGCCCUCCGCUUUAUCAAUGUUUAGUUCAAACAGGUAACGAUUAUGGCGUUUGUUGUCCAGCGUCACUGAAAAUCCAGAAAACCGGAAUGUGCCCAAAUGAGAUGCAAGGGAACCUGCCCUGUGGUAAAAUAUGUAGUCAUGAUUUGGAAUGUCCAUCCGUUCAAAAGUGUUGUGGUACCGAAAAAUGCGGACUUUCAUGCAUUCAUCCAGAGAAUAUUACAGAAUGUCUUCAUCAGCGUGCUUUAUCGGAAUUAUUUGCAAUAAGCGAAAGAGGGGGAAGAGGUUAUGUACCUCAAUGUACUAACGAUGGACAAUUCGAGGCAAAGCAAUGUAGCCGCAAUGGAUUGGUUUGUUGGUGCGUCGAUCGAUUAGGUAGAAAACUUAAAGGGUCAAUGGGUCCAGCUGAAAACAUUAAUUGUUCUGUAAUAGAUGCUCGAUAUGAAGUUAUGGGCAGAAGUCUGAAUAAAAACGGAAAAGAAUGUGAUCAACUUGAUUGUGCCCAAGUGUGCGAAUAUGGGUUUAAACUGGAUGAAGACGGUUGUCAUACUUGCAAAUGUGAUGAUCCAUGUGAUGGAUUCAUGUGUCCAGAAGAUGAAGAAUGUGUAAAUGUCAAAGAAUCAUCUUGUAGUGAUUUCUUCUGUUCAUCAGUACCUGUAUGUCGACCAAAAGCAGUGUACGCUAAUCCUUGUGAAACUGGAACUCCAUUGACAGACGAUCUCAGGGGUGCUCCUGUAGCGUGUGCAUUACGGUCAGAAAAUGGAAUAGUAUGUCCAUCUUCUUACGAAUGUACAGCAGUUCCUGGUUCAACGCAAGCAGUUUGUUGUCCAGUCUUAGAAGAAGAACUAGAAUCUGAAAUAUCUGAUAGAAACCAAAUAGACAAUCGUCCUCAAACAAUGUGUGAAUAUCUCCAUGAAUUUUCUGAAAGUAUGGAAGGAACGCGAGAAGGUAUGGCUUUAGCAUUACCAACUCCAGAAUGCGAUUCAAAUGGUAACUAUAAUCCGUUGCAAUGUGCAAAUGAUUAUUGCUGGUGUGUAGACAAUUUUGGAACUGAAAUUCCAAAAACACGGCAAACUGGUAAAGCAUCUAAAAAUUGUACGGAGCUCAGAGAAACAUUGGAUUGUUUGGAUUUGACGUGCAGAAUGGGUUGUGAAUAUGGAUUUAUACUGGAUGAAGAUACUGGUUGUCCUGAAUGUCAGUGUAGAGAUCCUUGUACAGGAAUCACUUGCAAUGAUGAUGAACAAUGUCAGUUAGUUGAAGUCAGCUGCAAGGAUCAUUACUGCCCUCCUGUACCAGCAUGUUUACCUAAAAAAGUAGGGCAGUGUCCUUAUUUAGUUCCUGCAACGACUACGUCCUGUGAUUUUGAAUGCAAUUCUGAUAUGGCAUGCAACGGUACUACUAGAUGCUGCUCAAAUGGCUGUGGAACUCAAUGUAUCGAACCUUUGCUUUUAACAGGAUGUCAACAUCAGAAAGCACUGGCCCAACACCAAGCACACGAAUCUGGUAUGCCUGCAGGAAGAGUAUAUAUACCAGCAUGUAAAGAAGAUGGAUCCUAUAUGCCUAAGCAAUGCAAUCCUGGUACUGGAGAAUGCUGGUGUGUCGAUGAGUUUGGUUUUGAAUUAUCACAAACUCGCUUCAAGUCUUCAAAAAACUUUUCUUGUGAUACUCCACUGGAAUCUAAAUGUCCAUUAUAUAAAUGCGAGGAGAACUGUGAGCAUGGAUAUGAAAUAGACGAAAAAGGUUGCAGAACAUGUGAGUGUGUCGAUCCGUGUUCAAAAAUAACGUGCAGAGGAGAAGGGGAAACAUGUAGAUUGGUCUCAGUGGAAUGCAUCAGUUGGCCUUGUCCAUCAGUACCUAUGUGUCUUCCUAAAAAAGAAAACCCCUGUCAAAAUGGAGAACCUUUAAAAUUAGGAAGAACCGAUGAAUUGGUUAUGUGUGGUCCCGAUUAUGAAAGCUGUCCAUCAUCUCAUAAGUGUCAAUUGAGUCCAGUUGGAGAAUACGCCCUAUGUUGCCCUAAGCCAAGAGAUGUGUGUUUUGAGCCCUUGGAUCCAGGAACUUGUGCAGAUGAAUCAGAAAUAAGAAAUUUAACCAGAUUUUUCUUCAAUUCGAAAACUAAUAAGUGUGAGCAAUUCAUUUUCAACGGAUGUCAAGGAAACCACAACAAUUUUCAUACAGAAAAUAUGUGCAAUAUUGUUUGUCCAGUACUCAGUCAGUGUGAAAGGCUUCGAGAAAAGAACCAGAAAGCAGCGGAUCUCUACAGAAAACCAACGUUUACACCUAGAUGUGAACAAACAACUGGAAGUUGGCAAGCUGUACAAUGCUUGGAACACGUUGGCGUUUGCUGGUGUGUAACACCUCAAGGAGAACCACUGAAAGGUACCCUAACAAGAGGUGCAGAACCAGAAUGCAAUUUCAGACAAGCUCGACGCUGGUCAUCGAACAGAUCUGACUCUUCUGCAGAUGGGGACAUUGUUUUAGAAGAAUUAAUGAUGCAAAUUGGAACCCUUGAGGAUGUUGAUGAACCAGAAGAUAUUAAAUUAGAGGAUAACCUGCUAAAAUGGGAGAUACCUAUUGUCGGUAGGUGUGAAUCUCUAGGUGGUCAAUGUGAUAGUGAUGGAAAGUUUCAACCAAUUCAAUGUGAAGAAGAAACGUGUUGGUGUGUGGAUGAAGCGGGAAAUCAAUUACCAAAUACCCACACUUUUAGAAAAGGGGAAAAAGUGUGUAUUGUCACACCAAUAGAAAAAGCAGAUAUGACUCUAGUGUUCAGAGGAGAAUUUGAUGAUAUAUCAGCAGUGCCUGUAGUUAAUCAAAUAAAAAAAAUUAUUAAGAGUCUUCAUGGAAACGUAAAUAAUGAUGGCAUAAAAGCGUCAACUACAUCGGAUGCUCUGUACAUUAAAUUUUCUUUAAUUGGUGAUAACAAAGUGGAUGUUGCAUAUAAAUUGGAGCAAAUGGUUAUGCUACAAAGAUCACCAAGUUUGAAAGCUGAUAUAAGUCGAUCACGGGUUAUCCACAAGUUAUAUACUAAUGAACACAUCAAUUCGGAAAAAGUAAUAGCUUUGGAACAACGAGAAAUAGUUUCACAAUCCCCUGUAUCCGUUGUAGUUCCUUAUCACACAGCUUUGAUUGUUACCGCAGCUGCUUCUGCCUUCGUUAUAAGUGUUUUGACAUUAUUGGUUCUACUGUACAGAAGAAAAGUGACGAAUUCAUUGAAUCCACACAAAAUUUCUCAAGAUGACAGAUUUAUAACUAAUAUGAAUCAACCGAUAUACAUAGAGUUGCCGAAUGAAAAGGGGGUUUUAGAAACAAAAUCUAGCAUAAACAAAACAUAAAUCUUAAUGAAUAUCAAUAUAUUUAAUAAUAAUAACUAUCUGUAAUAAUUUCUUUUAUGUUAUCAAUAUGCCAUUUGAUCGGAACUUUUUGUGAUUAGAAGUUAAAUAUAAGACUUAGUAGUGAGUAUAUGUUUGUACAGAUUAAUUAUACUACUGUCAAUAAGUUAUUUAUGAAAUAAAUUUUGUAUAUAAGUUAAAA